CUAAUUUCAGGAGAUUUCCAAAAGAGUUCUGAUGACCCUGUGCCUACUGCCAAUGCUCACAAGCGAAAGAUUGAACGGACACGAUUCUCAAUCUAUCAGAAAGUUGCCCUUGAGAAUUCUUUCCUUUCAUCUUUGUAUUUGACGGGUGUAGAGCGUGAUAACUUGGCUUUCAAACUUGGACUUUCUCCCGUUACUGUACAGGUAAAUAGACUCCCAUACAUUCUUCAAUUUGCCUUAGGUAAAAUCUGAGUUAGUUGAUUAGAAUGUAAGGCAAGGUGACUUUUAAAAACAUCCAUUUUCUGUGGCCUACUCAGUUUGAAGAUCAUACCUACUGCCUCUAAGUAACCUUCGUCAGCUCUUUCAAAUCGCUGGAUAAUAUCUUCUUUUCACUCAAUUUUUUUUCCCGGAUCCCUUCAGACCUGGUUCAAGAACAGACGGUUUAAAUGGCGCAAAGAACUCAAGAUGGCAAAUGGCAACCACCCGGAGCCUGUCAUGUCGCCAUCACCACUGCUUGUCUUCCCCAAUCCACCUCCUCGAACUUACCGAGAACCCUUUUUGGGGCUUGAGCACCAGCAACAUGAGAGAAGUCCUUGCCGGUGCUGUACAAUUACAACUUCGUGCAUGCUGUACAGCGGUAAUACACAAUGGUGCAACUAAUGGGGUCGAUGUGCUGUGAAUUAAUUUGAUUAAUUAAUUGAUUUUUUUUUCAUUGUGAUGUUAAGUUGACCGAAUGAAUUUUUACUCUUUAGCAGCUGUUAUUUUCUUCCCCAUGGCAGUUUUCUCAUGGUAUCUCAUGGUAUCUCACAAAUGCCCAAUUGGAGCAGUUUUCAAUUGGGUGUCGAAAGAAAUCCUGGAUUUUUUGGUUUUACUUAACUUUGCUCUGUGAUUGGCCAAGAAAACUCGCGCGGUCCUCUCAACCAAUCAGAUCCAAAACUACAAACUACGCUUCAAGCAGUUUGCUGCUUUCACUUUGACUUUUCAUUGGCUUGUGAUGAUGUAAUCGAUAGUCGCUGGGAUUACUUCAGUUUUGGUUUUUCGACAUCAAUUGUAAAACUGCUCCUUUAUAAAACUGAGAUCAAUCAACCAACAGAUGUCAGUACUGUAAUUUUUUACUGUAAAUUUUUGAGUUAAGUCGUGGAACAUGUGUGGAAAAGGGAAAAAUGACGCUUUCGCAUGAACUUUGUAAUCACCUGGCUUACCAUUGAGUUUGGCUCAGAGGUAGAGCAUCGGAGCGCGGAACAAAAAGGUCAUGGGUUUGAUUUCUCAUUGCAAACUCAGAUUUUUUUUUCUUCGUACCACACUCGUGACAAGAAUAAUAAUAUCUUUCUUUAACUUUUACGAUGUUUCCCAAACCAUAGAUUUAUUUGCUCAGAUUUACUAAUUAGUUAUGACAUGUGAAACUAGGUAAUCCAUGUAUUUCUCAAAUUUGGCUGUUUUUUUUACGACUCGUGUCUCCAAACUAACCUCACUUCCGAAACUUUCUGUGUAUAUGAAUAGAUUAGGAUGGCGGAAACUGUACCAACAAACUUACAUCCCAUUCACACCAGCAAAACUCGUUUACUUAAACCGGGUUUAACCGAAUGAAAAACAGAGAACUGAAAAACUGAGUUUUCCAUAGGUUUCAAAUAGUCACUUAACUGUAUUUUCAAUGUGCUAAAUUUGAAGUCGACAAACAUCAGUCUAAACAGCUUCUUUGUAGAAUACAAUUUUGAACCGUGUACAUGUCUAAGCUUUGGUGUGAAUGGGGUAUUAUAUGCACUUUAGACUAUUUUGAUGAUUUGAAAUUACUGUAAAUAAAUAGUUUGUUCGUUUGCUCGAUUGGUCUUUCAGAGAAGCUAAUGGAAAAUUGGUAUUCGCACAUUUUGGUCGGUAACUUCUUGAAAAAUAAUUUUGAUUUCAAUUUAUGUUGGCAAAUCUCAAUAUUUUUUUACGUUCAUUUGGUUCGCCUUGAGGAAUCAGUUUUGCCAUAAUUUUUCCAUAAUUUUGCCAACUCUACAGUUUGUAAAACGAACAUCUUGCACAAAGGUUUUUGUGCCAUGUAGUUGAACAUAUCUCCCGCACAUAUCGUUUGAAGACUUUUCUUUGCUCACAGUGCAUUUAUCAUAUAACAGUUAGCACAGCUGAGGGUACAGUCUAAAACAUAUCAUUUACCGUUCACAAUGGGCUGAGUGCAAGAUUUGAGAUUUUUUUUUGCUGGUUCUUCCCAUGAAAGAGACUGCAGAACAUGUUGAAUAAAGGGGGUAAGUUUCUAAAGAAACUCUGAUGCUGCGUCGGUGGGAGAGUAUAGCAGGUAAUUUAGUGUUAACAACUGAGUUGAAAACGUAAAUUAGCCACCGCAGAGGGUAAAAAAGUUGACGUUUCGAGCGUUAGCCCUUCGUCAGAGCGAUUGACGAAGGGCUAACGCUCGAAACGUCAUUUUUUUUACUCUUUACGGUGGCCAAUUUACGUUUUCAACUCAAUUGUUAACGCUAAAUUACUUGCAGAACAUGUUACAAAGCCUUAAAGCGAUGGAAGGCCAAAUAGCUGAUCUAAGAUCAUAGUUUUACUAAAUGUAGUCAUUAUUGUGUGAUGAUAACCUGUAGAUGUACACAUUGUGUAACGAUCGUAAAUUUUUAUGAACCAAGUGGCUGAGAUUUUCGCUGGAGUUAUUGUUUUUAGAUGUAAUCAUUAGGACUGGGUCUGGGUCAGCGUUGUCAACAUGAGAUGAUGGAUCUACAAGGGACGUCUGAAGCGAAAGAUUCCUAUUUGGGUUCGACCCAAACUGUAUUGUAGUCGCCGGGUAGCUUAUAAUAAUGGUCAUCCACUGAUGUCUGUUUUUAACAACAUGAUACAGUUGAAAUCAGUCUUGCUGAAAAUAACUCAACAUAAGAAGCAGAUAACGAAAUCAAUACAUUGUAUUUGUUGAAAAUCUAGUCCUUUUUACCUCAGGAAUGCGUUCUACAGAGAGUGCUGAUGAGAACAAAAAGAUUGGUUGACACACACCCACUCUGUCUCUCCCUCUCCUUUUUUUCCAUAUUAUAAAGCAAGCGCGCGAAUAAUAGUGUAGAACGCAAGAGCUCUCCCCUAAGCUGUGUUUUCGCUUUCGAGUCCCUUUCCUCCUCCCCCCCCUUCCCCACGUCUCAAUGCCCACUUACGAAACAUCUAACGGGUAAUUUAUCUCCUUAGUCCAAUUGUCCAAUUACACGUAAAGUAAUUUGCAUUCUCCAAAUCGUCAUGUCCUUGAUUUCUCAAUUUUUCGUUUCAAAACGGAGGAUCUACGUCGUAAACUUUAGGGUCAUUUUGAUGAUUUUAUUUGCAUUGAAAAUAAGCGAAAGGUAGAGAAUCAUUAAAGAGACAAGGCUAACACAAAAGAGCGUAAGGAGGGUUUAUAAUGCAGAAUAUUGCUGUAGAUUUUAAAUGACGAACAUGAAACAAAAUGAGGUCAAAUCUUACGAACUGCGAAGCGCAGGUGUUUACAUACUUUGCAAUACCUUCAGAAGUGACUUGUUCAGAAUAGCAGAACAGCGUUUAACAGAAAAAUUUAAAGAGAUGAUUCGCCCCUGAUAUCAACUGUAAACGUUCUCUCCCUCUCUCCUUCCUUGCUAAAACCCCUCCCCCCCCUUACUCUCAGAGUUCUAAAGGCGUUGCUAUUCAUAUGAGCCAGAUAGAGUUUCAGUACAAAUUUUAACCAUAAUUGGAAGCCUAUAUCAAGUAGUUUCCUGUUUAAAAUUGUAGGUCUUCAACUAAGGAAACUCAUAAUGUGUGCGGUGUUCAUUUUAUAUGAGCUACUAUACAGUGGACACAUAACGAAUCAUAUUCUGGAUCUCAGCCAGGUUUUCAUAUGCCUUCUAACAUAACCGCUAUCAAAUAUACCCCACUCCGUUUGGAAGUCCUGGAUGGAAAGCCUGUAAGUCAUUCCUAGUCCCCCUCCCCUAUUGGAUGUGGGCCAUGAAAACUGAGUCUGUACGUGCUACGUGAAUCGAGGCUUACCGGAGGGUCUCAAUAGGUUUAACCGUCAGCCGUGAAACGGCUCAAAAUUCUAGCCGUUGGGCGUAAAAACUUGACAAUUUAACUUUUAUUAGUAAAAAAAAAAUUAACCGUUAUAAUUCCUCUUCAAAAAUUAACGGAAAUGAAUAACCGUUAGCUGUAAGAGGGCCAAAAUUUUAACCGUUAACCGUAAGAGCAAUCAUCCCAUUGAGACUCUCUUAUUGAAAAGCCUCCUUAAAAGAAAGACAUCCAAAUUUGAAACGAAGAAGGUCGUAAUUAACAUCAAGGUAUGCCAUUUUUUAUCUGAAUAAAAUAUCGUUCUUUUGCAGUUCAGAUAAAGAAUAUAGAACUCGAACGAGACGAGUCAAAACAUGAAAGUAAAUUUUUGUACGAGUUUGGUUUUAGAUCCAAUUAGCUUCGCCUAAGUUCUCGGCCCGGUAGCUGAAGAUGGUCUAUUUAAUUAAAACAAAAACAGCCUUUGAACGUGUGAAAAAGUCUCAUUGGCUAAACAGAUUGUAUUGUGAAAACUGCGAAACACCUGCCGAUCGUAUUUGCUGUGAAAUUCGCUCCUGUUUAAGAACUUUCUAUCAAUCUGUAUCCGACUGGCAAUGUUGUUGUAUGACAGUGAGGAAAACGGGCAGGUACCGAUUGCUUUCUCAUUUAGAUGAGGCACUUGUGAAAACGCUUUCUAAAGUGUUUUGUCGAUAACAAACCCGCUGAUAAUUGUGUUUCUGAAACAUUGUUGAUUAAACAAAACUUCGCCAGGGGAAACAAAUUAAUUAUUAAUUUACUCUCAAAAACAUGAUGAAUGAUUUACGCUUUUAGAAGUUUCUGUUGUUACGUUUUAAGAAUGAAGCAAUACAAACUGAAGUGAUGUGCGGUCACGGCACCAAGUAUUGCUUGCCGACUCAGUAGUUUUAAAUUUAUUGCAUCGUAAAAAAUUUUAAGCCAUGAUUGUCGCUGAAGAUGAGGAGAACGACGAAAAAGCACAAGCUUUGCGCCGUAAAAUAAUAAAAAAUGUUGUCGAGGCCAAACUAAAGAACGAACGAGAGAAAGAACGACUCGGACGCCGGCUGGGAAACUUGGCGAAAGAAGAGCAACGAGAAAUGAAAAAUAUUCAGCGAAAUCUUGUCUCGCUGCGACGAGAACUUAAAGCCAUCGAUCCCGGUAAAAACACAACGGAAACAAGGCUAAGUGUUAAAACUGCAGUUCAAACACAUGUCGCUGAUAAAGGAGACAUGCUUGCAAACGCAACAAAGCGAGAUUACAAGUUGUAUCAACGACGACAAUCUGAAGGUGCAGCUUCAAGGUCACCCAUGAGUUUCCUUGAAUUAAAACGUUUGCCGCCGUUAGAAAGCACUGACCAAGGCCUUGUCGUAUGGCCUUUGCCAUACAGACAGGAAAGGAGUAAGGAAUUUCCUCCUCCAUUGAAGCACCGGAAGAGUUUAGCUUUGCCAAAGAUUGAAAAGCCUGACGGUAAUGAAAAGAUCGCACGCCGCGCGAGAUUUCAAUCCUCACCUGCGGUUUUGAGUAAUGUAGCGCAGAGCGAGCUGGCCAGAAUCAACAGAGAUGAUCCUUUAAAACAAGAAAGUGACGUUAUUCCUGAGGAUGAUGGAGAGUAA